AUUUGUUUGUAGCCCUCCUUCCGCAUGGCUGAAGGUGAAGUGUGUGAAAGUGAGUGAAUCAAACGGUCCAGGAUGUCUUCCAGCGGGCUGUUAACCCUCCGCACGCAGCUCUGUGGACGCCUGACUCACAAGUAUCUCUCAAGAACCUACACAUCUCGCCCUUCGCUCAAUGAAGUCGUCAUCGUCAGUGCAGUCCGCACUCCAAUGGGCUCCUUCAGAGGCAGCCUGGCAGCGGUACCAGCCACCAGACUGGGCUCCAUCGCCAUUAAGGGAGCCAUAGACAAAGCAGGAAUCGCUCCCGAGGAGGUCAAGGAAGUGUACAUGGGCAACGUGCUUCAGGCAGGAGAAGGGCAGGCCCCCACAAGACAAGCCUUGCUCGGAGCAGGCUUGACCCUCAGCACUCCAGCAACCACCAUCAACAAAGUCUGUGCCUCCGGGAUGAAGUCCAUCAUGUUGGCAGCCCAGAGUCUAAUGUGUGGACACCAGGACGUGAUGGUGGCAGGAGGCAUGGAGAGCAUGUCCAACGUCCCUUACGUGAUGUCCAGAGAUACCCCGACCUACGGAGGAGUGAGGAUGGAAGACCUCAUUGUCAAGGAUGGACUCACUGACGUCUACAACAAAUUUCACAUGGGCAACUGUGCAGAGAACACAGCCAAGAACAGCAACAUCACCAGAGAGGAGCAGGACGCCUACGCCAUCGGCUCGUACAGCCGCAGCAAAGCGGCGUACGAGUCCGGCGUGCUGGCCAGGGAGAUCGUGCCGGUUAGCAUUCCCCAGAGAGGCAAACCUGAUGCUGUCGUGUCCGAGGAUGAAGAGUGGAGGCGGGUCGACUUUAGCAAAGUUCCCAAACUGAAGGCCGUGUUCCAGAGGGAGAAUGGCACGGUGACGGCGGCCAACGCCAGCACACUGAACGACGGAGCAGCCGCCCUCUUCUAAUGGAGCAGCCGCCCCACUGGCGUUCUAAUGACUGCAGAUGCUGCGAAGAGACUCAACGUCACUCCACUGGCCAGAAUUGUCUCUUUUGCUGAUGCUGCUGUUGCACCCAUUGAUUUCCCCAUUGCUCCUGCAUUCGCUGUUCCAAAGGUCCUGGAUGCAGCAGGGCUGAAGAAGGAUGAUAUCACCAUGUGGGAGAUCAACGAGGCCUUCAGCGUGGUCGUGCUGGCCAACAUCAAGAUGUUGGACAUCGACCCGGCGAAAGUCAACGUGAACGGGGGAGCCGUGUCACUGGGACACCCCAUCGGGAUGUCUGGGGCCAGAAUCGUGGGUCACAUGGUGCAUAGCCUGAAGUCAGGCCAGUACGGACUGGCGAGCAUCUGCAAUGGAGGUGGUGGAGCCUCAUCUAUUCUGAUCCAGAAGUUGUAGGAAACUUGACUGGAAACUUCUCUCUCCCUGAAACACUCUUUGUUAAACUGUGCUCACUUGCUGUCAACUCCAAAAGACUAAGGCAUCUGUAAACUCCACUUGUUACUGUGAAGAAUGCUUCUGUUACAACUUUAAUGCCAGUGGCCUUACCCAAGCAGCAAAGUAGGACUCGAUACUCCACACAUGACAUCACGACUCCAGUGUUUAAUACACUCCUUUGUUCAAUAAAACUUUGAAAUGUAUUAAUAUUUAACUAUGGAUUGAAAUGGUUAAAUAAAUAGUUUUUAU